UGGUGAUUCGUGCUGGGUCGUCCCUCUCUUUAGGUGGGGGGGCUUUCUGUGCGCUCUGGAGGUUCACUGACAGGUGUCCAUUACCAUCCUCUACACAGAAUUACCUUUGCCACAAACAUCAGAGACGGAGCUAAAGAGACCGAGUGCGGUACGAACUGUUGUUGGUGUGGUUGCCCUCUGCCCUGUGCGGUUCAUGCUUCUCUUUGCUUUUGCUCCCGUGACGACGGAUUGCAGUGACCAGCUCACUGCGCUCCGCUCUCCUUUUGUCUGGGUCGUCCGGACUAUUCAAAACCUCCAUACCAAGUAUGUGUGGAAGUCUGAGCGCAGAGCUUGUGUGGAAUCGCAUUCUUGCGGUGAAAAACGGUGUAUUUCAAGUGCCGAGCGACUCUGCAGACUGGCAGAACUUUGCCAUUGCCGAGCGCGAGGGGCUCCGAACCUUCGCUUAUUUUGCGAGAGAGCAGCGUUCUCAGAUUCAGAUGCACGGGGGGAGAGGGGGUGGCUGAAUGUGCUUGCGUUGUCUGGUGGUUUUUGGUCCUUGAGUGCCGGUGAGCCUUGAGCGCGCUGAUAAGGAGGGAUAGGGCAAGUGUCUGUGCGAUCUGUCGCCUUCAACAGAGUUUUUUCCCACGCCAGAAUCGCUCCGCGUUUCCUUUUUCGCGGCUCGCGCAGCUCGCUUCUUUUUCGCUCAGGAAACGCAGAGGCCAAACCCCGUCUAAAAUAGGCAGGGUUGAGAACGCGCAAGAAAAUGUGCUGGCUGUCGAAAUGUGCGCAGCGCUUCCUGAGAGGAUCAAAUGGCCCGGCUUCUGCACCUUUUCCUUUGCUAUUGAACCAACAAGUUUCUCUUGUCUAGACUUUUCAAGGAAUCUUGAGGACCCUGCUCGGCCUGCGGUUCAAAGGAAUGCCACCGCCACGCGGACCGUCGCUUGCUGUCCGUCCACGCGGCUCACCGAACAGAGCGCGAUUUUCGCGUGGUCCUUUUGCAAGACAGCGUAAUUGUUUGGGACGGAAAUCCCCCAAAAUCCGCCUCUUCACUCAAAGUUCGCAAGCGCUGUCACGCCAUUUGAUGUCUUUGUUCUUACCACGUCCCGAUCUUGCUGUUGCGAAGUCACGGGGAACUGAGAGCGACGUCCUUGUUCAAGGCUUUCGUUUGUGCCUCUCUUCACGAGACAAAACCCUUGACUGUCCUUCCCCGUCUAGUGUCCUCUCACGUUUCCCGUCGCUCUUCCCACCUGCCAAACCCUCAUUUGUUCACGCUGCCCCUACUACUAUAUGCCGCGUCGCGGAGAUCUGUCUUCUUCCCCCUCCAAUCGUCUGCGACAUAGUGGUCCGUGUCGCCGAUUCCUCGCAUCGAGCAUUUCCACACAAAAACAGUUCAGAAUCGGUUUCGCCUACCUGGCUGAGAUGGAGAGUUUCCUUUUUUCUCGUCGGAACCGGCGUCGCUUCAAAACCCUAAGGCUGGACCAAACCGCCUUCCUUUUCGCCGCUUGACGUGUAAACGUAUUUCUGAGUUAAGACAACAUGUCUGAACGUGGCCUUCUUCGAUGAGAGAUGUCGCCGCUUUCUCUUGCUGAAGAAAUCAAAGAUACUUUCUCCAGGUCUUGCGAGGUGGCCACCUCGGCGCCGUUGUUUUCAAUCAAAAUUCUUUGACCGUCACAGGGCGGUCCUCCACCGGCUCAGACCAAAGAAAGGUCUUUGUUUCCUCAUCGCUUCUCGAUUGAUCCCACUGUGACAAAUUGCGUACCCCGCAUCUUUAUUCUUCCUGUCCCUUAACCCCCGUCGCUGCCGUCUUGUCCGUGAGAGAGUUCUUAUUCCCUCCCUGUGCAGUCUUUUGAAAAUGCCUGCCUGAGCCUUCCCGACGACUGCAGGUUUUACGCAGUUCGGUUUCUUGCCCGCUAGUUUCCAGUCUUGUUUUCACGAUGGCGGACGUCUCAGAGACUGCCUCGAGUCCGCCUUCUCCCCACGGCCUCUCUAUGCGAGAAGAAGCAGGGGCGAAAGAGUCUGCCUGCUUCUCACCGACUACGCUUUCUGGUCUUUCACCCUUGCAUCGCGUCUCUUCUCCCAACUUCCCCACGGGAGGGCCCCCCGAGGCGAGUUUCUCGGAGCGUCCCCGCGUUCAGAUGCGCCCUGCCGCGAUCCCGCAGCUUCGGCUCGGGCUCCAGUUCCCAAAGCCUUCAGAGACCCCUCAGGAGCCGUCGCCUGUAUCUUCACGAACAGGCUCUCAGAGCCCGCUUUCUUCGCCUUGUCGCCUCGCCAGAACAUGCGAUCCGUCGGCGACUAAGGACCGCAUGCAGCGAGAGCGUCCCUGUCAGCGGCCGCCGUGGAGUCUCCCGCGCGCCGAAGGCGAGGCGCAGCGAACGCGUGACGCGGUGGCUGUCUCCUCCAGGCCGCCGCUCUCGCCCUCCAAGAGAAGAGCAGAAGACGUCUUCUGUCCCUCACCCGCGUCCAUGCGCGCGGUGCCAGGCCCUCGCGUGUGGUGGGCCCUGCCGGUCUUAGGCGCCACCGAAGUGUCGCCGCAGCUGUCGAGCGGGUCGCGCCCGCAGAGCCCCACAGGUGGCUACAUGGCGCCGGGGCAGGAUGAAAACUCGCCAGGAGCGCCGUCCUGCUGCCAUGAGGGCGGUGAGUGCCGGUGCUUAUAUGCCUCGGUGACGCAGGCCUUUCACGACCAGAUGCGGACAGCAGCCCCCCCCUCGCUGCUCGCGGCCGUCGAGCAGUUUGCGGAGUCCUCGCUUCUCUGCCGCCUCGAACCUCUCGCCGCGGGCUCCGCGUUUCCUCGCAACCCCGCCGCUCUGGCUGCCGUCCGCCGGCAACAUGCCCUCGUGCUCUUCCACCCUUCGUCGCCGUUGGCGCCGCCGGAGGCGUUCUCCAUUCAGAACCUGGUCCAGACUUGCGGGGCCUCGAAGCACUCCUGUGACUUGAAUCUUUCUGAGGAAGUGGAGAGUCUGCGGAGUCAGCUCGCCGCCCAGCAGCAGCGCUUUGAUGCCUUCCUGGAGAGCGACGCGAACCUGGGCGAGUUGAAGCGCGAGCUCUGGCGCUUCCAGCUCCUCCAGAUGCAGGACCAGAGCCGAUUGAAGAAGCAGACGGCGAAGAUUGCUGAGGCUUUAGAAGUCUGCUCGGCCUUGGCUGCGCUCCCUGCCGCCGACGGGACAUCAGCCGCGAGCACGACGGGAGACGGAAGCCCUCCCACACCUUCCUCGGCCCUUACUUCGCCCGGAGUUCCUCCCCGGCCCCGCCAAGAAGCCCAGCUCGUCUCGCGUCUUCUGAAUCUCCUGCAGGAAGCCGCAGCAUGUGGAGCAGCCGCCGGCGGCGCGAACGCUGAAGGCGCGAAACCCUCUGGGUCAAGACGCGAGAACCUUGGCGGGGGGGGGCGUCAGGACUCCGGGCGAGACGACCAACGAGGCAGACAAACUCCCACCUCCAGCGCCCCUUCACCUGUGCGCGCCGGCCCCGAACGUCCCUGCGCUCUCUCCGGACUGUCUCCGUGUGGGGCAGGCGACUCGCGAGACAGGGACAUCCGCCUACAUGAGCGCAUGCAGACGCAGCAGCCCCGAGCCUGCGUGCCGCCGCUCUUCGGCUUGGGAGACGUCGGCAGAGGCCGCGCCCGUGGAGAAGGCUUCGCACUCGGCUUUCCGGGAAGCCCUGCGGGGGGGCGUCCCGAUAGCGGUUGCGCCAGCCGCCGCAGCCUCAGCAGCAGCAGCUACUGCAGCAGCAGAAGCAACGUGACGACCUACAGAGGACACUACAGCGGCGACGAGGGGUCGCGCCCGCCCUCGGUCCGACGCCGAGUGGGGAGUGGCGGCUCCGGGCGCCCACUCGACAGUCGCCCUGUGUUUGUUUCCACCUGGAAGGGCCGACCUGCCUUCGUCCCGCGACUUAACCUCACCGGAGACGACUCAGACGAAGAUGAGGCGGAGGAAGUACCCCCCGAGGCUCCGAGCGCCGGCCCAGGCGCGGCGACAGGUGGGAAAGUGGAUGGAGAGAUGGACAGAGAGAUGAGUGGAGAGGCAGGCAGCACCCUGGAGAUCAGGAAAGCCACUGAAGAGUCGCGGCGAGCUGACGACCAGGGGUUGGUGUUGCGGAGACAGAGCGACGAGAAGUCGGGCAGCGACAUGAAGGACUUGUCCGAGAUGCGAGACGAGGAGGCUUCUCGUGGACCGCAGUGCGAGCGACUUCUCGACAGUGACGUGUACCACCUGGCUAGUCAGCGGGGCAGCGUCUGCGCGUCGGGUUUGUCUUCCGGCGAAGAGAGUCUGAGCGGACGCCUUCUUUCCAGCGAGAAAGACGGUCACGGGAGGCAAGCGUCCCUUUUCACUUUCUCGAGCUCCUCUACGUCUGCUGCUGCCCAUCCUGUGUCGCCGGCGCUAUGCCCGGACGCUGGAAGCGAGUCUCUCUCUCACGGGAGCUGCGGAGCUCUCGCAGGCACCACGCACCAGGUAGAUGCUGACGCCAGUCGAGCGGGCCCUCUGGGCCAGGCAACCAUCGAGAAGAUCGAAGCGGCCUGGACUCUCCAGCAGUUUCAGAGACAGGAGCGAGAAAACGAGGGAAGCGGACCUUCCGACUUCUGUCUCCUGGAUCUCGACUCACCCGCGCAGUCUCUACAGACCGCGUCGCUUGCGGCAGAGCCGCGGGGCCUCGCGGGGCACGAAAAGGGUACCUUCACGCUGUCGCUGCCUCAGACCCUCGAGGCAGGGGAGAAAAAAAAACCGAGCGGGGGCAGACAAGCGAGCGGGUUCAGCCUCGCACUGACGCCUUCGAGUACGAGCUCCGCAAGCAGGGGCUCUGGAAACAGCCCCACGCGGGGGUACAGUGGAGGAAGCAGCAGCGUUUGCAGUUCUUCUACGGAAGGCGAGCUUUCACAUAUCAGCUCUGGGCGACCUACUCGCGCCUGCAGCAUCCACGACAACGCGUCGAACUUCUUCAGUCGAGCCAGCAGCAUUCUCAGCCCCUCCGCGGUCGCGGGCUCUGCCACAGUGGGCGUCUCUCUGCCCCCAGGGCGAAGGGACGACGGAGCGACCUCGGGCGGGCAGGGGGGGGGCGAGACACGCAAGGGAGGCACCGAAGAGGGGCAGUACUCCCCAGAAGGGACAGCUCUUCUCGACAUGCGAAACGACCAAGAUGGCGAGGGGGCGCCCGAGGCGCCGAGUCGGGAGCCACGGCGUGGAGUCUGGAGACCCGCGCCUCUUUCUGCUGAGGAGCAACUGUCUGGGGAGACAGUGGGACAGCUGCGGUGGACAGACGGAGACCGGGCGGUGAUGGAUUUGAGUCAAGAGGUGCGCCAAGGGACAAGACAGCCGACGAAGCAGGAACAUCUGGCAGAUACGAGCGGCUCAGAGGAGAAGCGGGGCGAUGAACUUCCGAAGACAGGUGAGAUUGAUCUUUCUUUCACAGGCCCAGCCGGUGCACAGCCGGUAAAACCCCUCACUGACACCCCGGAGGCAGGGCCUCAAGCAGAGCGAGGCCCAGCCCUCAGCACACGCAGCAGCCGCGCGGGGAGCCUCAGUUCCCCUGCUGUCUCCGUCUCGUCGUGCUCCUCGCCCUCCGUCGCCGAGCUGAGGAGGGCCUUCGAAAGCGGGCAGAUGUGGGGCGGCUCCGUGGUGACUUCCCCCAAGAGGGUGCCGUCCACGCCGUCGUCGCCUUCGGGACAACGGCGACGCUCCACAGGUCCCUGGACCCUUCGGCUCUCGGGCUCCGUUUCUCAGGGAGGCACGAGUGCGUCGCCGGGUCUCCGACCCUCUCUGUUCUCGCUCGACAGCGACGCUGGAAUCACAAGCGCCACAGCGUCUACGAGAACCCUCGAGCGAGAUAAGGGCUCUGGCCCAACUAGCGAGCGUACACACGCUCGCGACCCGUACCCACCGCCUCCCGCGGGCGGCAGUUCGCCGACCCGCGUCUCGGGUUCGGAGACAUGCCCGACUGGGGUGCCGCGCGUGGUGGGCGUCGAGGAGAUAGGAGAGGCGGUAGAGAGCAAGGCGAGGAGAGGAGACGGAGGGGCGACAGAGGGGCCGCCAGCUGCACGAGAGGCUGCGAAGGACGGUCGAGUUCCGGCUUUCAGCCGCGGUUCUCUCUUUCCUUCUUCCUCGGGCGCGAGCUGUGCAAACCCAUACAGUCGGGGGCAGAACGACCCGGAGGGAGCGCAAGAGAGUGGAGAGACACAGAGAGGCUCUGCUGCUUCGCCUGACGAGGCGCGAGAUCGUCCAGGGAACCCUCCGAAAGCGGACCCAGUUGACAUCCUCGAUUUGGAGAUUUCCGAAAUCAGCCAGGCAAUGUGUAGCGAGUUGUUGCAGGAUCCCGCGCCGGAUACGGACACUAAGGAGACAAAUCGAUCUGGACACUUGGUUCCUUCGCCUGGGUCGAGGGGACAGAUGCCCUCUUCGCCCGCCUCCGGCUGUCCUUCCAGCACGCCGUUUGAUUCAGAGCCUCAUCAGCCCCGACUCGUCUCUGCAGAAAAGGAAACACGAACGGAUCUUUUUGCAGCCACGAGCAUGCGGAGUGCCACGGGUGGAGAGAGAAGAAACGGGUCCAUCGAUGAGCGAGGGGGCGAUUGCACCUGGAAUGAAGGCGAGCGUGAGAAACCGGAGGGAGACAGCGAGACGCGAGAAAGGACACCCGUUGCUUUUCCCGCUUGCGUGGAAAUGACAUGCGGCGCUCCGAACGCGUCCUGUCAACGCGAGUUCAUCGAUGCCAAGCAGCGGGCCGAGGAGCUGCGUUGUAUAGGCGUCGAUCCGGGGCUCGUCUUCCCACAGCAGACAGAGAAGCUGAAACUUUCCGAGGUAGAAGAGCGGAAAAUCUCGAGACUGGUGACCGGAGACUUCGCCGCCGGUGACGGGUGCGAGGCGAUGGACUUGAGAGAGCCGGGAGACAGCUCGCAGGGCGGAGACCUGGCGCAUGACACGGAGCCUCUGCGCUUCUGGAGUGUCGAGAGAGCCGAUAGCCGCGAAAAUGGCGCUGACUGGUCCACGCCAGCUUCUAAGUCUCCCCUGGCUCAUGCGCGGCUUCCCGAACAGACAGGCGCAGGGAGCCAGCUCUGUCAAGUCAAAGACCUGGAGUUCUGGCCAAAGGUAGGGGCCGACGUCGUGCAGACUCAAGAGGUGGGGCAUGGGGAUGGGCGGCUGGGCGACCGGGGGGUCUCACACAUAGAAACCGAGGACCAGAUUUCGUCUCAGGCCCUCUGCGGAAAACCUUUGACUGAAUCUCUGAGUGUGGCGUCUUUCGCUCUCAAAACUGGUGCGCGGGCGCCUCUGUGUCCUUCGCUCGCAGAGCAUGGAGAAGCCUCGACAGAAAACCGGGCGGAUCCCUCAGUGCCUUGCAGAGGAGAUACAGAUGACCUGGUCUUUGCGGGACUCUUCGACGCAUGUGCCCGAGAGACUGGAGAACUGCCUGAGAUCCUGACGGAGCUUCUUGCGACAGGGGCACCUGGAGCUGGGUCGGCUCCGUGCGUCGGAGACCCUUCGAGUUUAGGCUCGGGCGACUUGCCCUGUGGACCCGCAUCGGGGGCGCUGGUGGUCAAUGGGUUUCAGGGAAGACCAGGAAGAGAAAACGCAACACAUAAUGGCUCCGAUUCACCUUUGGUGCAGGCGGGUCGACAAGGACAUGGCUUUUCCCUUCCCCUGCACGGCGACGAUGGCGGACGCCACAGAAGCGUUUCAGAGAGCGGGCGAGCCCAGUUGCCGGAGACUCUGCAUGCCAACUGUGGGGUGGCCGGGCCAGGAUCCCGGGAAUUCUCGGCGAAGCGGGGAGUGACCGGUUCGCUGGAGGCGCAGCCCCAGGUUUUCGAGAGGCCUGGUGUCUCUGCUAUGAGCCCAGCGGGUCCAGGUCAGGGUUGGAGACUCCCCGCAGGCGAGAGGCCCCAUGUCGAGCAGAGACAGCCAGACCAGCCGCAACAGGAUGGGAGCAUGGCGCCCGCUUUCCAGUGCAACCAAGAGCAGGCCUCGCGCAUGCACGCAGCUGGCUCGCGGGAGGCGACCUCGUCGGCUCUGCUCUCGGCGCUGCUCAAUCCUCCGUUCGACCCGCUUCCGGCAGAUCUGCACACGCUUCUGGCUACCGAGAGCAGCGACGAGAGUUUGGGUGCCAGCGGGUUGAACAGUCUCUCUUCCUCCGAGUCAUCGAGUCUCGCGCUCCCGCUGCCAGGCAGCUUGGCUGCAGAGAACGCCUUGCUUUCGCCGUCUUCGAACCGUACGCCGGAAAACCCUCGAGGGAUAGGCCCAGGCGACGCAGACCCCCUCGCCCACCUCCUACCCUUCUCCCGACGCGAGAGGGCGCACAGAGAGAAACUCGUGGGAGAGGCAACGCCCUCGGACGCCCUGGACGCCAACGCGCGACAGGCGAACGUGCUUCGCCCCCAGCAAGGCGCAGUUUCGACUCUGCAGCCGGAGCCGCCUCGCGGGGCGCCUCUGCCUCAAACUCAAGUGUCCGGGAUGUCUGGUCUGUUGUCGCCCGGAACUCUUCUCGGCGGAAACGCGAGAAUGAUGCCGCAGUUCAUCGGCCACGCGCACCGGCCCCGUCCACUUGUUUCUGGGGUGUCUGGACAGCCGGUCUACAUCGACAGAGUGCACAGUCGACUCCCGCUCGGCCUCCAGUUUGACGUCCAGGGAGGGCGUCAGGGAGGGAGACUCGGGGAGAUUCCGGCUCCAAUGUCCCGUCUCUCGCAAGCGGCAAAUUUCCUUCAAUUCCAACCCCCACAGGCGACUCAACCACGAGCAACCUGUCGGAGUGUGCCACCGCAGCCGCGUCGAACUCAACUCUGCGGAGGUGUACAGACACUUGAAGUCGAGGAAAGAGCGUCCCAAGGAGGCCCACAAAAGGAUGGACGACUCCUGGAGAUGUGUGGGCCUGCGGGGCUGCGCGGGCUUCCAGCCUUUCGGGAGAGAGGGUUUCUCGGAGGCGAGGGCCGUGGAGACCGAGGGAUGAGCUCUGUAUCCCAGGGGCCUCCCCAGAGAGCCCUUGAGGCAUCACGCCCUCUCCAGCCCUUUCCCUUUCGAACGAUGUCGCAACAGCAGAUUCAGGAGAAUCUCCAGCGACAGAUUCUCUUGACGGCGGCCCGAAGUGGAAACGCGGGUAUGCCGGAUGGGAACCUCUUGGGGACGGAAUUCUGGGCUCCGGGCCAACAGGCCCCGGCGGGGCUGCCGCAGCCGGGGACUGCAGGGGUCAGGGUAGGCCUCUGGCGAGGCGGUUUGCCUCAGGGGCGUUCAAGCGUUCAGGCUGUGCAGCAUCAGCUGCUCCAGAGACAGGUGGGGCGGACAGAGGCGCCUCCUCUUGCGGGCCAAGUGGCCCCAGGGGACCGGGCGGAUGUGAACAGACAGGAGACGAGCGCGGGUGAAGCGGGUCUCUGGUCAAUGGAGACUCGCCACCCGGGACAAGGGGAAUUUUAAGUCACAGACGAGGACUGAUGUCUUGCCGUGGGUGACUGUGGGAAACUUGAUUACACCACGGUGCAGUGUACGCUUUCUUAUAUCAUUACCGUCUAUUUGUAUGCGUGUGUGGGUCUCCCUUCACGAGGAAAGGCAUACGACUCAACGAGAGGCGGAGCUGGCUUCGCUGUUUUCCAUUCGAGACAGAACAAGCUCUUUACCUACUCCGCAUGUGGGAAACGGGAAAAGACAGGGACCGAUGAAAACUGGAACAUUUUCUAACUAAGAAUAGAGGCAACAGCAGAUGUGCCUGUUUAUAUGGACCGCAUACAGGUGUUUAUUACCUCGAAAUCUUUUCUGUGGUGAAUUUUCUUCGUAGAAGGCGAAUCAGUAGGUGACUGUCAAUCACACUGGUUUCGGCUGCUUCUCCACACUGUCUUCAGUAAAAGUCUACGUCGAAUAGAAAAACUGGCUUUCUCUGAGUGUUCAAAGUUUUUAUGUACACAGGGACCGACUUUUACAUCGUGCGUGCCUUGAAACGGGGAGGGAACGAAAGUGUUUUCAAGACAUUAGGUUCACACUGUUCGGAUUGUGGCGGCAUUGCGUUUGCCUUUCUCUUUCCUACGUGUCCUUGGUUUACUCUUUCGCGCCUUCGUUCCUCCCCUCCUCUAUCCUAUCUCGCCCAGAGGGGCACUCCUGAAAUCUAUUUUUCAAUGUUUUCUGUACAGAAAUCUGUACGUCGUUCCUUCCGCGCUUUACCCGAACGCGCUCACGUGUACAAAAUUGGAGUCCCGGUCGCAGAUGUACUGGUACACUUCUAAAAUAAAAGGCGCGAUGUGCACAAUAUAGAAGCAUCGAUGGGAAUGAGUUUUUCGACCAGCGAUCUGCACGUCUGCGUACGAGGUAACCCUAAUUUUAUGGAGGCAUGUCGGACUUCCCUUCGUGUCUUGGCAAACCGAGAGAUGCGUCGUGGUGCCGCAUAUGCAUUUCUCGCCUUCUCAACUUGAGGUGCUUUUGAAGGAUGCACUACUCGCUUCCGAGGACGGGUCCGCCAAGCGAUUCUCAACGCGUACAGUGCGACUGCCACACGCUCAGUUGUCUCUCUCAUCCCGAGGUAUAUUUACUUAAGCGGAGACGCACACAUGUCCGUAUAUAAACAUGCAUGUACGUUCUUAUGUGGGAAGUUAGGUGUUUGUGUGGGUCGUAUCAGGAAAUGCUCCUGCUUUUUAGUGACCCUUUUUCCAGUCGCUUUCUCUUGAGUCUCCGGUUUUCUACCGAACUAGGAGACAACCAGAAAAUCAGAUCAUAUCCGGAUACCGUGGUGUCGGGUCGCGUGCUCCACUCUGUGUGGAGGCUAGAUUUUCCUGGAACCGGUGGAGGUGAUUCUCAUAUCUGAAUCUGAGGUUUAGGAAGUUGCCAGACAAAUGCAUCAAUGGUUGGCGAGAAAAGCGGGUGAGUGAUUCGGACAGAUCGCUUGUCAUGGCAGGUUAGAUGUAGUUAUCACUCGCACCCGUUAGAAAACAUACAGAUGCGAUCCAGCCACUGGGGUAGAAUGGAAUACUUACGUCUGCGAUCACAGGGCCAAGGACAAGUCGAGAUCCGUCACGCAUGAUAAUUCGGAAGCUCGCGAUUUGGGGAGAUGGUAGACCGUGCUGAAAGCCUGCUUUUCUAGAAAAGCAUCGCAGGACGAACGGGAGACAGUGGGCUCCUCUGUUUCCUUUUCAGAUUUGUGUCAAAACGCUAGUGGUGACGGGCUCCUCGGACACGAAUCAAUGGCAGUUGACACCGGUUCUGUUUGAAGAGUCUGUCAUAAGUUGCUGCAUAUGAAAAGGAAAAGGUCAUGGCAGAGCAAUGUGCUGCGACAGGCAGCCGAGCACACUGUUGUAAUGGCUCGCUUGUAGAUUUCCACUCCUGCAACAAGCCCUUGACCAGACAGCUUUGUCGCUGCCCCUUCACCUUUUCUCUGAAACACAGUGUCGGAAAGAAAAAUGCGGAUUCGCAGCGCCAGCCGUGCUGGGAGAGAGAGACCUGUCGUGAUUCUGAGGGCGUGAAAUUACAAUCACUAGUGUCACAGGGGAAAGCCGGAGAACACUUGAGAAAAAGAAGGAAUCGGUGGAGCCAUCAAAUUCAGAUUCGCCUGCCAAACUCGUAGCCAGGCGGCAGUCGCAAGUUUGCGUUCACUGUCCACAGAUCCAUCAGCGUGAUGCAGCUCAAGCGGUCCUAUCUCAGCGACUGUCACCACUGGCGGAAACACGUGGUAGUCGCAGGGUAUAAACUCUAUGUUCAAUAGUUGUAGGAUUCUGUCUCUCAUUAGUUGCACGGCUCGAACUCAACUCUCAACCGUUGUUCCUUGACGGCAGGAGCAGUGCUGCAGCCACGAGUCCUUUCAUGAAUGAUCUGCCGACUGAACCAAACGACAUGGCAAUCCAGUUCUCGUAUUGCACGAGAAACCCUCGAUGAUUGAAGAGAGGUACGCGCUCUUUGCCACUCUGCAAGGUGGCGCAUUACAAUCCGUACUGAAUGAAAUCCCCACUUUCAAAGGCAGCGCCUGGCCAGCGAAGACGCCACUUGAG